UUUUUUUGCUAUCGUGUUUUGGUAUCAAGGUUCGAAAUACAGUUGUGGUUGUUAUAAGGAACGUCGAUAUGUCGACGAGGAACAUAUAUAAAAAAUCUCUAGAAAAAAAACUUCUUACAUCUUGUAACCUCAUCAGCGGAAAAACUCAACAACAUGACAUUGGCAUAUUGUGAAGUUGAAGUUAGGUCUUGAGUGGGACCAGACAACGAAGCGUUAACAGUUCAUAAGAGAAGUUCAAGUAAAUCCAAGCCGCUUUUGAAUGAAUAAACGUUUUCUACAACAACUAAUGGUUUGAGAAGAGACAAUAUUGAUGACAAAUGAAUUUAUACAACUGUUGCACAGACGGUACUAGAAUAACUUACAAUCCGUGAUAAUCGUAACGAAGGCAAAUGAUAUUCAUUACAUAAUAACUGAGAGUAAACCAAUGACUGUUUGGUGUGAUCGUCAUCCUCAUGCAAGUAUGCAAUGUCCCAUUCAGUUCAGAUUACCCGCCGCAUGCUUGUUGAUUUUUGCUCCUGCACCUCAAUUUUCAAAAUUGACCAAAGGUGCUCGAUUAAGGUCGGAAGACUGCUGGUUACUCUAAAACCUUGAUAUGCGUUUCCUUGAACCACCCUGAAACCAGUUUUGAGGUGUCUCCGUCUUGUUGGAAUGUAUAUCUGCGUACCAACUUUAGUUUUUGUGCAGAUGCAGGUAGUUUUCGCUUUAAAAUGUCAAAAUGAACCUCCUUGGUCAUGACCAUAGCUUUUUAGGUGCUAUUCUGCCCUCAAGAUCUUUCUUAUGAAGUUUCGCACGAAUUGUGAUUGAAUGGAAAACACGCUUUCAAUUUGUUUCACAAUUUUCGGAGCUGAUAGUCCCCGGUCCAGCUCCGCCUUUUUCACGAUAGCUCUGUCAAUUCGGUUAGUUGUCUUUGAAGGACGCCCCGAUCGCUUAGCUGGUAAGAUAGAACCAAGCUUUUUGUACAUCUGUAAAUCCUAGCGACAGUUUCUGUGUGAAGCUGGACAAUAUCGGCUUUAGCCAGAUUUGUGACGUUCAAUAAUCAAAUUUCGGAUGCUGGUCGAAAUAUGUGAUUUUUUGCGGUGUUUUCAAAGAUGGCAAGAACUAGAUUCCUGACUCUUGCGGUAUCCAGCGGACACGAUUGUCGUAGCGGAUGAACGAAAAUCGAACUAACUUGUAUACUGAUAAUUUGAUGAUGACGGCAAGGUGGCGAAAGGUGAAGCAAUUUUUUUCAAUAUCCUUGUAUGGUUCUGCCAUCGAAUUGUCAAUAUCCUUGCACGGUGCGGCCAUCUAAUUUUCAAUAUCCUCAUAUGGUGCUGUUAUCUAGUUUUCAUUUUUAUCUGGCGGAUUAUGCACGAUGAGUCGAUUUUGCUAAUAACCAGUUUUAUGCGUAUUUAAGUCAUCAGAUGGCAGCACUAACCGUUGUAAACGUGUCGUGGGCAAAAUGUAUGCAAAAACUGAAUGUCAGGUAUCUUGUUCUAGUCAUCUUUGGAAUUUUGCAACAAAAACUUUCAAAUUUUGAACACGAAUCUGAAAUUUUGAGCACGAAAACUUUAAGAGCGCUGAAUUACAGCGAAUCACAAUAUACUAAAGUCGCUUUUUACGCGGGGGAUACGUGCCGCGUAAAAGGAAACCGCUUAAAUUCUGGAAUCCGCGUAAAAAACCGCGUAAAUUCCGGAAUUCGAGUAAAGGAGCAGCACCAAAAAACUGUUGAUGGAGCAAAACCCAGAGGCUGAUUCGUCAACUGGGCCAGCUCGGCUCACGGAAGCAAAGGGUGCUUAUUCUUAAGACUGAUGGGCUUAAGUACGCUGAAGUCUCUAAGAUCAUGAGAGACGAUGCCCAGCUCAAAGACCUCGGCGCGGAUGUUAGGACAAUAUGUCGGUCCCGUCCCGUAAAGGUAAAGGGCUCUACCUACGAAACGGUAACCCAAAAAGUGCAAAGAGCCGAUGUGAUGUCAAAUUCUGCAGCCCGGAACUGAUAACGAGCUGGAAAUAGACGACGGUCACACUAAUAGCGACCACAAAUCGGUGCGCUAUAAUGCAGAUCACAACGCGAGGUGGCUAGCGACAGGUAGAGCCAAUACUAUAACCAUCAAUCAGCAAUCAGAAGAGAACAUGAGGGUUGGGAGUCCCACCCGAGUGCUGAUCAACUAACUGCUAUACUAUUGCGGGCGUGCGAUGCCACGAUGCCAUCGCAGAGCGUGCCUUCGUGGGAGGCGGAGAUUGCAGCAGGCGCGUACCGACAUCUACUAGACUCAUACUGGCGGUAGUCGGAUGAGCCGAGAGGCGACAUAGGGUGACACAGAUUAUGUCAUCCAUGAUUGCCUCAGGUAGUAUCUGAAUAGGUUGGCCAUGCAGACUCGCCGUGAUGCCCCGGGUGCUCGGAUGCAGUAUGUGGACCGGACACCAUCCUGGAAAAUUUGGUUGGUAUAAUGUGCGCUGACGAAGCCAUCUAGAGUGCGGUCAAUGCGACUGCUUCCCGGGUAGUCCAAGCACUACAAGGCACCAAUGACCAUCGAAGUACCAAAAAAGCUAACUUCUUGUCUCCUAGUAGUUAGCCGAAUCUAAAAAGAGGGUGCAUCAAGCACAAAAGCCGGUUCCCUAAAGUAAUACCUAACGGUAGUUCCAGGGAGCAUAUAAUAUUAGAGCUGGUGACUGUGGGUUCAAGUGGGUCGGGCCUAGCAAACCCGUCCCCACACCCUAAGUUAUCUUCUCGGGUGUCUGUUAUUAGAUUUCCCAUCACCUUGAAAGAAUUAAAAUAAUCUCAGCAGUGCGCACCGCGGCGUACUUCUGCGUAUUCUCACCUUGUAGAUCCACCACUCUUGUUUCGCUCAGCUGUGAUGUAAACAUCAGGUGCGUUGAUUUUUCUGCGAACGGCCGAAUCACAGCACAAAACAGAAAAAAACUGUGGGCCAAAAAAUUGCUACACGCAGCGCUCAUGCUGGACAAGAAGUGAAUGGUAAAUACCACUCUGCUCUUUCCACAUAUUGAGGGGAAUAAGGGGAAUCCCAGCUAAAAUAUUUUCCAAAAAAAAAGGGCGCACCAGAUUUCGAGGACUUGUGCAUUUCUAAAACAUUUGACAUUAAAAAAAAUUAAUGCUUAUUUCAUCGGUCAAAAAAGUGAAAUUUUGACCGCUUUGAGACACAUUUUUCGGAAGUCCGAUUGCAACGGCUAAGGUAACCUUUUCAACCUUUGCCAGGGACUUUUAAUACAAAGGUUCCGUACGUACACGCAAAACUUUUCCUUGUUACUUUAGAAGCAAUAGCGCAAAAUUGCCUUAAAGGUAACAAACCUAUUACUUAAAAGGCAAUAAAAUUCUUCCCCGGUCAAGUAACAACACAUACUGUCAUAUAUUUAGCACGUGUUACGGGAGUUCGACUAUCUAAUAAUGGUCGUUUCAACCACAUGCACGAUUUUUUCUGUCUAAAACUGCUCCCUUUCCAUCGCAAGAAAAAAAAAAUCACACACCGUCGCAUAUGUUGCACAUAUUACAAGUUUCUUCAAUCUCCAAUUCAUCCGGUGAGCGUGUAUUAGUUCGCGCGUUGUAUGCAUACGGAGUAAAGAAAGAAUAUGACAAGAGCUGCCAAGCAGCAUUUUCCCCGUCAUAGAGUAUGCAAACGUUGAUGAUUUCAAAGACUUGAAAUGCGUCUCCAAAUGACAUCACGAUCUGUAAACUGCGUUAGAGAAAAACAAAACAUUCGCUUUCUUGCAAGCUAUCCAAAAAACAUACUCAUUGGUUCAUGGAAACUCAUUUGCACCUGUUUGAAAAUACAAAAUUCGUGCCCAUCCAGAACAAUAUUCGCAACUUCGGCAACUCUGUUCAGACAGUAUAACAUAUUUUCAUUUCAAGUAAACACUGGGGGACGAAACGAAAGUGUUUCUAAUUAGACAUUUGAGGUUGACGGGUGAGAUUCUCAUUAUGUGUGGAUGAAGAGGAUAAAAAUUAAUCUGAUCGUUGCAUCAAUACAAAUGCAGCGAGUGAAGUUUUGCUAACACAUGCAUUGCGGUGCUUGGCUGUAUGUUCUCCUGCAGAAACACAUACAAGCGUGUGGCCGUCAUAUUUUUUGUUACUUUUUAGUUGUUACUAAUUGUGUAUAAUGCGCAGUCAUAAGACACAAUAAGUAAUAAAAAAUUGCCCCAAAGUAAUAAAAUGUUCCCCGUUUGCGUUGGGUGUACGGAAAAAAACAACGAAACCAGUGAGAAGCACUUUCCUUCUCCGGCUUUCCUUCCUGUCAUUUUCUAGCGUUUCAAUUCGUGUCGUUGUCCCUGUCCCUUGUAGUUACCAAGAGAAGAUUCGGUUAUCGGUUUAUCGCUACUUUUUUGUUGCCAUACGGCCAUCGUUGUUUCUCAUGGGAAGCAAGAUGUCUAGUAUCAGCACGUUAUUCCGGUGAAGGAAAGUUUGGGAAAUAUACUAUUUCAGAUUAUGCAACGAUAGGUUGCAUCUAAUGUAGAAAUGAAAUUGUAUGACUAUAUCUGACUAUGGAAAAGAGGCUGGUGCACGAUUGAGCAGGAAUUUUGCAUGGGGACUAUUUUUCGAGAAGAUGAAACGUUUUAGCUCAGCCGCUUCCAAAAUUCGAUGGGUCGAUUUUCAUGGGUACCCUACCGUUUAUGUCAUGUGAUAAACAGUAAUCCGAAUGUUGUUCUCGAAUUGAUCAAAGCUGGAUUACGCAACGGUUUAUAUAAACAGCACGUGCAUAUUACAGUAAACGGGAUCGCUAAAGAUAGCAGGAAAACAAUCCAUCGUUUACGUUUUUCUCUCUUAUUCUGUCUUUUAAAUAUUCUCUCGAACUCAUAUCCGAGCGAGUGACGUGAGCGCGCCGAACUCCCGCUUUCCUGAUCCCGUUCUGCUUCAUGAUAGUCAUUAAUUUAGGUUGCUCUUUCUCUCUCUCUCUCUCUCAACCUGCAUUUCUCUUCAAUAUUACAAAAACUCCGUUUUUCCAUCAAAACCUUCCACAGGAGGAAAUCCUGACUACAACACUCACUUGUACUAUUGAUUUUGGGUGUAAAAAGGAAUUACUGGAAAAAAUUACCCUUCUGGACAACCCUGGAAAAAUCGGGGAUUGUUUUCGGGCUGGACAUCUUUAUGAAACAUUAAAGUCCAUUGUCAUUGAGGUAGCGCACUCGAAGCAAUAAUAGUUCCGCGUGUGCAAAAGUGAUCAGCGGGCAGAGAAGACAAAAAAAAACAAAAUGAACAGCACACGGCACCGAUUGAUACGCGCUCUGAAUAGGUUAACGUCCACGUCGUCGGCCACAUCGGCAGCUGCGUCGGCCCCAGCUGCCGCAAACGCUAACGCAACCAGCAAACCAACAACGCAACAACGCAGUAAAAUUCCCAGCUCCAGCUAUGCCACCUCGACGUGUCCCCACAUGGAGGAAGUCGCCGAAACGAUCAGCACCCGAUUACACGGGGUCCAGCCACCAGCACCGGCAGUAAUCCAGCAGCAUGCACCGCCCUCCAUCAAGCUGGAGAAUGCUCGACCCUAUUCGGAAGUUCCGGGACCGAAACCAUUGCCCAUUCUCGGCAACACUUGGCGGGUGUUCCCAAUCAUUGGCCAAUACAAGAUAUCCGAUGUGGCGAUGAUAUCGUUCCUUCUGUACGAGCACUACGGACGGAUAGUACGGCUAGGUGGUCUGAUCGGGCGACCCGAUCUGCUGUUCGUAUACGACGCUGACGAAAUCGAAAAGGUGUACCGCAACGAGGGACCCACACCGUUUCGACCGUCAAUGCCAAGCUUGGUCAAGUACAAGAGCGAACUGCGGAAAGACUUCUUCGGCGAUUUACCCGGCGUUGUUGGAGUUCACGGAGAACAAUGGCGCGAGUUCCGCUCGCGUGUGCAGAAACCGGUCCUACAGCUGUCCACCGUUCGCCGUUACGUAACACCCCUGGAGCAGGUUACGGAGGAGUUCAUCGACCGUUGCAACCAACUGCUGGACGGAAACCAGGAAUUGCCCGACGAUUUUGAUAACGAAAUUCACAAAUGGUCUCUGGAGUGCAUCGGUCUGGUCGCCUUGGAUACUCGGUUGGGCUGCCUGGAGGCGAAUCUGGACCCGAACUCGGAACCCCAGCAAAUCAUAAACGCUGCGAAAUAUGCCUUGCGAAACGUUGCUACGCUGGAACUGAAAGCGCCCUACUGGAGAUAUUUCCCGACGCCACUAUGGUCCAAGUACGUGAACAAUAUGGACUAUUUUGUGAAGGUUUGUAUGAAAUACAUUAAAAGCGCUACGCAAAGGAUGCAGCAGAAAGAAGGUCGUGCACUGGAUGGUGAACCAUCCCUGCUGGAACGUGUCAUCAAAAGUCAAAACAACGAGAAACUGGCGGUCGUAAUGGCGCUCGACUUGAUCCUUGUCGGAAUCGAUACCAUCUCUAUGGCGGUGUGUUCAAUCCUGUACCAGCUGGCAACACGGCCAGCUGAACAGCAGAAGUUGUACGAAGAAUUGAAGCGGAUUAUACCGGAUCCAAAGACGCCACUAACGAUUCAGUUGCUCGACCAGGCGCAUUAUCUUAAAGCAUUUAUUAAGGAAGUUCUACGAGUGUACAGUACCGUUAUUGGUAAUGGGCGGACCCUACAGGAAGAUACCGUAAUUUGUGGCUACCGAAUUCCAAAGGGGGUUCAAUGCGUCUUUCCAAAUCUUGUCACUGGUACGAUGGAAGAGUACGUAACCGACGCGCAGAGCUUCAAACCCGAGCGUUGGCUCAAACUCAGCCAGGGUGGCACGGGUGAUAAUUUACACCCGUUCGCCACCCUGCCCUAUGGCUACGGGGCACGAAUGUGUCUGGGGCGCCGCUUUGCCGAUUUGGAGAUGCAAAUUCUGCUGGCUAAGCUGCUGCGAUCCUACAAGCUUGAAUAUCACCAUGAUCCACUGAAAUACGUUGUCACUUUCAUGUACGCUCCGGAGGGUGCCCUCAAGUUCAAGAUGACACCACGCGAGUGACGGACGGAGGAACUGCUGCGGGUGUGGUACGAGAUUUGCCGAGUUUAUUUGUGUACAUAACCAAUUAGCGAUACCGCGACUGCACUAAUGUCUACCGAUUUUAAAUGACUUACAAAUAAACAGGUUUAUGUAGAA